AGGUGUUGACGGAUCCUGGCGGCGAUCGGCUUUCAGCUGCCGGAGGACGACUGUCCAAGAAGGUGCGAGUGCGCGCGGCGAAGACCUUCUGGAGUCCGUACAGCAAGCCAGGUACCUGUGAAGUUGGUCGUCUGCACAUUUCUACUGUUUCGGGUGAUGAUGGCCUCCAACUCCUCCACUGAUGGGCUGGGCACAGCUUUCUCCAAAGGUGGCGUUGGCACUGCCGAUCUCAUCGUCAUUGUUAUCUACCUCAUCCUUUGUAUGCUAACAGGACUGUGGGCAACAUGGAAGACACAGAGAGGGAGUGUCAGUGGCUACUUUCUCGCUGGGCGGGACAUUCUGUGGUUUGCAGUAGGAGCCUCUCUGUUCAGCAGCAACAUUGGCAGCGGCAGCUUCGUGGGUUUGGCGGGGACUGGGGCCGCCAGCGGCAUCGCUGUGGCCAGCUACGAACUGAAUGGCCUUUAUUGUCUUCUUCUUCUUGGGUGGAUCUUCGUUCCUGUCUACAUAGCCAGUGGAGUUUAUACCAUGCCGGAAUACCUGAUGAAGAGGUUUGGAGGUCAGAGGUUACAGGUUUACAUGGCAGUCUUGUCUCUGAUCAUUUAUGUCUUCACCAAGAUUUCAGCUGACAUCUACGCAGGGGCCAUUUUCAUCCAGCAGGCCUUAAAGUGGAACAUAUAUGUGCGAUUUGUCCUUCUGGCAAUCACGGCAGUGUACACCGUGUCUGGCGGUUUGAAGGCCGUGAUCUACACUGAUACUCUCCAGACAGUUAUAAUGGUGGCAGGAGCUAUAACUCUCAUGGUUCUCAUCUUUAGAGACACUGGCGGUUUGGGUGAGUUGCGGGAGAAGUACUUUCAUAGUAUACAAGUUGUGAUUCCUAACAGCACGUGCGGCUAUCCUAAUCCCAAUGCCUUCCACCUGCUACAACCUGCUGACUCCGACGAACUUCUGCCUGGCAACGUGAUUGGUAUAACCAUUCUCAGCAGCUGGUACUUCUGUAACGAUCAGGUACUCGUCCAGCGCACCCUGGCAGCAAAGAACAUGCAUCAUGUAAAAGGGGGCAGUAUUCUGGCGGCCUACCUGAAAGUGCUGCCGCUUUUCAUUAUUGUCUUUCCUGGAAUGAUUAGCAGAGUCCUCUUCCCAGACGAGGUGGGCUGCGUGGACCCGGAUCAGUGCAGGAUGGUCUGUGAAAACCCUGCAGGAUGCACCAACAUCGCCUAUCCAAAGCUGGUCAUCGAGCUGAUGCCCACAGGUCUCAAAGGUGUCAUGCUGGCAGCCAUGAUGGCGGCCCUGAUGUCCUCUCUGACGUCAGUCUUCAACAGCUCAGCGACCAUCUUCACCAUCGACAUCUGGAAGCGCUUCCGGGUCGCGGCCACAGAAACUGAAAUGCUUGUUGUGGGCAGAGUCUUCGUCCUGAUCCUCAUCGGCCUCAGCAUCGUCUGGGUUCCAGUGCUGCAAGCCUCACAAGGAGGACAGCUCUUCAACUACAUCCAGGCUGUAACUGGAUACUUUGCCCCUCCCAUCCUGGCUCUGUUUCUGUUAGCCAUUCUGUGGGAGAGAACAAACGAAAAGGGCGCCUUCUGGGGUCUGAUGGUGGGGCUGGUGAUAGGGAUCGUGCGGAUGGCUCUCGACUUUGGCUACGGGUCUCCCGACUGUGGCGAGGAGGACACGCGGCCGGUCAUCAUUGGUCGCCUCCACUUUCUUCACUUCACUAUCCUCCUCUUUGUCGUGUCUUUCGUGGCCACUGUGGUCAUCACUGUGCUGACCCCGCCCAUCAAGAAAUCACAUUUGAUCCGCUUGACCUGGUGGACACGCCACAGCGAGGAAGAACGAGAAGAGUUUCCCGAAGAAAAGGCCAGACACGAAAAGGUCAAGGCCAAGAUAGCAGCUAAGGUGGAUGAAGAGGAAUUUAAAGUUUCAGACACUAGAAUAUUGCCCGCAUGGCGGCGCUUCCUGUAUGCGUUCUGCGGCUACGAGCAGCCAAAAGACGUGGACAUGUCGCAGGAGGAAGAGAGUGCUCACAAGAAACUGCUGACGUCGGUGCGGGAAGACAGAAGGUGGAAAUGGUUCGUCAACAUAAAUGCCUUGAUACUGAUCACCUUCGGUGGUUUCUUAUGGGGAUUUUUCGGAUGAAAAAUUUACUGCUGGUCAACAAAGUCAUCUCUCCACUCGUCCAUCAUACUGUCCUGAGAUACGGGUGUGGGUGGAACACGAAGUGUGUUGAGGUUUGGAAGACGAGUAUCUUGCAGCUUGAUACGUUCGUGUUUGUGUAUAUACAAAGCUAUUUAAACGGAGUACUCUGUGUUCGAUGUGUAUUGAAGUUUUGUUUCAAA